AUGAAGAGGAACUUUUUGAAUGUGCAAAAGUUCCUCGAAGACCAGUUUCCCGAAUUACGGGGGCACAUUACGGGGGCCAACUACCCCCCACCAGCGACAAUCGAACUAGCGGCCAACCUCAUGUCCGUCAUACAGCUCAUGGGUAUUUUCUGGAUCGUCGCGGGUGGAGAAAAAAUCUUUCGGUUCCUGGGCUAUCCUCAAAAUCAACUGCCUAGUGUCUAUCAUACCAUCAACCAGAAUGCGAUGCCGAUUGGCAUUUUCUUGUUUCUGAUUCUGCCGCAGUGGAUUGGACGAUAUACCCAAACGGGAGCUUUUGAAGUUUAUCUAAAUGACAAAGAGAUCUUCAGUAAGCUUUCGAAGGGAGCUUUUCCGACCGCUGACGACCUGAUUUCUUCUUUGGUCCAGGCAGGCUUGCAAACUGCCCAAGACUAGAGCACAACGAGGUUCCGAGACUGUGAACACUGUCAGCAAACGGGAGCCGAAUUUCCAUGUUGAACCGAAGAAAAAUACUGAUGGAGUCCUUGUCUCGCUGCAUGACGAUCAAGACGGAUGCGUAAGCUUACGACUUGGUUUGACAAUUCGAGCAAGGUCCGCCUGUUGAUUUUGGAUGGUACACCUUGCCGUAGCUCUUUGCACAUAUAUAUUAGAAAAGUAUGCUGUAAUGGA